UUUGUUAGAUAGCUUCGUAGGCCAAUACUUUGUCCAGUUUGUUAAAAGUGUGACCAAUUAUCACACCAGACUAAUCCAUUUAUAAUUUGCUUAUUUAUUCAAGUGUUUAUACGAUUAAACCUCUUAUCAGGGGUUGGAUAUCUUACCAGUUGUACAAUGGAAACUUUAUAAACGAUGUUUUUGUAGUUAAAGGGUCAAAUUAAUGGUGAUAACAAUGCUAGUCAAUUCAUUGCGUAGAAUAUAAACAGAAUUUCUACUAUUUUAUUUGUCAUAAAAAUUUAAAAUGCAAGCACGUUUUAGCUCAACUUUCCAGAAGGCAACAAAACUUCCUGUAAAAGGGAAGGUGAUAGCCAUCAGACGGGAGGAUCAGAGUGUGUGGGAGAGAAGAGCUCCAUUUGCUCCGACUAAUGUCCGACGACUGGUGAGAGCUGGUAUCAAGGUUCUCAUUCAGCCAUCAAACAGAAGAGCAUACCCGAUACAAUCUUACGUCAGUGCAGGGGCUAUCCCACAAGAAGACAUAUCUGAAGCCUCCGUUAUAUUUGGAGUAAAGCAAGUGCCAGUGGAUUUGCUAUUGCCAAAUAAAACAUAUUGCAUGUUUUCACACACAAUAAAGGCACAGGAAUCAAAUAUGCCUUUAUUAGAUGCCAUUUUAGAAAAGAAUAUUCGAUUAAUUGAUUAUGAAAAGCUUGUGAGUGAACAAGGUCAAAGAGUUGUAGCGUUUGGAAAGUACGCUGGCGUUGCUGGUAUGGUCAACAUUCUGCAUGGUCUUGGAUUGCGACUCCUAGCAUUAGGACACCACACUCCCUUCAUGCAUAUUGGACCUGCACACAACUACAGGAACUCGUCAAUGGCUAGACAAGCAAUACGGGAUGCUGGAUAUGAAAUAGCUCUUGGAAUGAUGCCAAAAUCCAUAGGGCCUCUUACAUUCGUCAUUACAGGAUCCGGGAAUGUUUCACAAGGUGCUUUAGAAGUAUUUCAAGAAUUUCCCCAUGAGUUUGUACCUCCUGAUAUGCUGCAAAAAGUCGCUGAGCAUGGUGUAACCAAUAAGGUGUAUGGGUGUCAGGUCAGGAGGAGGGAUCACUUACAAAGGAGAGAUGGUGGAGGCUUCGAUGCAGAAGAGUAUGAUGCACAUCCUGAGUUAUACAUGUCUACAUUUGGAAAGAAGAUCGCACCAUACGCAUCAAUCAUAGUGAAUGGUAUCUACUGGGCGGUGGGCUCACCCAAGCUGCUCACGCUGCCUGACGCCAAAGACCUGCUGGUACCCCCUCAGACGCCUUGGCUGCCGAUAAGUGAGGGGGCCCCCGCCUUGCCCCACCGCACUCUCGCCAUCUGUGACAUCAGUGCUGAUCCUGGUGGCUCCAUUGAGUUUAUGAAUGAGUGUACCACUAUUGACACCCCCUUUUGUCUCUAUGAUGCAGACAGAAAUAAAGACACUAAAAGUUUCAAAGGUUCUGGGUUAUUGGUGUGCUCAAUUGACAACAUGCCGACUCAACUGCCUAGAGAAUCUACUGAUUUCUUUGGUGAUCUUUUGAUGCCUUACGUGAACGAUAUACUACAGUCUGAUGCUGCUGGAUCUCUUGCACAACACGAUUUCAAUCCUGUUGUUUUGAAUGCCAUUAUAGCAAGUAAUGGAAAAUUAACACCGAAUUUUGAAUACAUCGAAGAGCUACGGCAAGAUUCAAAGCGGAUUCGUCAAAAACUCCCAGAUGUAGGGGGAGCCACAAAGAAAAUUCUGAUAUUGGGAGCUGGUCGUGUCAGCUCUCCACUUGUUAAAUAUCUGAACCGAGAUGAAAAUGUACAUAUCACUUUAGCAUCUUCACUACAAGAGGAAGCGAGCACAGUGGCCAGACAAUAUUCCCGCGUAGAGCCAGUGUUAGUAGAUGUGGUACAAAGGCCAGACCACCUCAAGACCCUAGUGGAGGCAUCAGACCUAGUGGUCUCACUGUUGCCUUUCCAGCUGCAUCAUCUGGUAGCAGAGUGUUGCAUCUCUUCCCAAGUCAACAUGGUUACUGCAUCCUACUGCACACUUGAAAUGAUGCGACUCCAUGAUAAAGCCGUCCAAGCCGGAGUCACCAUUGUCAACGAGGUGGGGCUGGACCCAGGUAUUGACCAUCUAUUAGCUAUUGAGUGCAUUGAUGAGAUUCAUCAGGCUGGAGGCAAGGUUGAGUCAUUCGUGUCAUACUGUGGCGGUUUGCCGGCUCCUGAAUUCUCCAACAAUCCUCUUCGGUACAAGUUCUCCUGGUCACCAAGAGGUGUCCUGUUAAAUGUCUUGGGCAAUGCCAAGUAUAUGAAAAAUUCUAAGAUUGUGGAUGUGGCAGCUGGAGGUGAAUUACUAAAGAGUGGCAACGACUUGGACUUCUUGCCUGGCUUUGCUCUCGAAGGUUACCCCAACAGAGACAGUUUACGUUAUGCACAGCUGUAUGGGAUAGCAGCGGAGGUUCAAACAAUGUUCCGUGGUUCCAUUCGGUACAAAGGAUUCUUGGAGACAAUGCUCUCACUGAAACUUCUUGGAUUGAUAGAUCUAAACACCCAUCCUGCUCUUCAUCCUGAUGGCCCCGACAUAACUUGGCGUGAACUGAUGUGUGCCCUGCUAGGGCUGUCACAUGCUGAUAUUUUCUACGAGAACCUGCGAAGCAAGGUCAGCGAAAGAGUGGGUGAGACUCAACUUCUUGCGGUGGAAAAGCUGGGUUUGAUGGAUGAUGUUAAGGUUGUCAAGUGUGGCACACCGAUCGAAUCUCUCUCUCACUACCUCAGCUUAAGACUUUCUCUAGGAGAACAAGAGAGAGAUGUGGUUAUUUUGAGACAUGAGAUGGAUAUAGCAUGGGCUGCGGGUCAGAAUGAGCGCAGAGAUAUUACUAUGGUGGAAUAUGGUGAUGGCCAAGGGACCUCAGCAAUGGCCCGCACAGUAGGACUGCCUGCAGCAAUUGCGGCCAAAAUGGUUCUUGAUGGAGAAAUCCAAGAGCAUGGCAUGGUCUAUCCAUUGACACCACACAUAUACAGGCCAAUGCUUAGUCGUCUACGGGCAGAAGGAAUUGUUUCAAGAGUUUCAGUAGAAAAAAUAGGUUAAACUGUAUCAUUGAAGAUAUUGCAUAUGAUAAUUAAGGAGAAGAAGAUAUGUGAUUGAUUUUCAUUGAUAAAAUAAAUCAUGUUUAUUUUAUUAACAAUUUUGGGUUGGUAGCGAGCUACAAACCAAAUCUGCAUAUUCUAUGUGAAAUUUUAAAUAAUUUAAAAAAGAAUUGUGUAAAAAAUUAAGAAUUAAUAUCAAAUACUGAAUUAAAUACAUUGUAUACAUGUUGAUA